UCCUACUCCCCUCCUUUCCGCUUUGGAACGGUUCCUAACGGGAGCACAGAGAGAAACAUUCGUAAGAACUACCCCGACAUGCACCAGUACAUGGUGAAGUACCAUCAGUCGGGGGUGAACGACGCGCUGGUCAGCUUGAAGACGGGGAAACUUGAUGCCUUCAUAUAUGACGCAGCUGUGCUGAACUACAUGGCCGGAAGGGAUGAGGGCUGUAAACUAGUGACCAUUGGUAGUGGCUAUAUCUUUGCUACCACUGGCUAUGGCAUUGCGCUGCAGAAAGGGUCAGCCUGGAAGCGCUCGGUGGAUCUGGCCAUUUUGGCUAUUAUUGGAGAUGGUGAGAUGGAGGAGUUGGAGGCUCAGUGGCUGACUGGGAUCUGCCACAAUGAGAAGAACGAGGUAAUGAGCAGCCAGCUGGAUGUGGACAACAUGGCUGGAGUGUUCUACAUGCUUGCGACCGCCAUGGGUCUCAGCCUCAUUACCUUUGUCUGGGAGCACCUGUUCUACUGGAGACUCAGAUACUGCUUCACUGGUGUCUGCUCGGGCAAACCAGGCCUGCUCUUCACCAUCAGCAGGGGUAUAUGGAGUUGCAUUCAUGGCGUUCACAUCGACAUGAAGAAAAAGUCAUCCGAUUUGGACUUCAGUCCACAGUCCAACAUGCUCAAGCUUAUCAAGUCCGCCAAGCAGAUGACUAAUAUGACCAACCUCAGCGGCUCCAGGAUCAACUCUCCUAAACGUGGCGGUGAGUUCAUGCAUUCGGCAAGCCCCAUGAUCAUGGACAUGAUGGCAGAGAAAGGGAACUUUAUCUACACUGACAACCGUAGCUAUGCCCAAAAGGACAUCUACGGAGACUCCAGCGACUUGCAGGCAUAUCUGGCCAACCGCCACAAGGACCAUCUAAACAACUACAUCUUCCAAGGUCAGCAUCCCCUCACCCUCAAUGAAUCAAACCCUAAUACCGUAGAGGUGGCGGUGAGCGCAGACACAGCCCAGACCAAUGCAAAACCCCGAGCUCUGUGGAAGAAAUCUGUGGAUACUUUGCGUCAAACACAGGGGCCUGAAACCCUAGACCCCCGUUUGUCCAUGAAGAGUCAGAGAUACCUGCCAGAGGACACAGCACACUCGGAUAUCUCUGACUGCUCAAGCAGGGCCACCUCCUACAAGGAUCCAGACAAUAACAAGCACCUGAAGCCCAAGGAUAACUUAAAAAAAAGAUCGAUGACGUCAAAAUACCCUAGGGAUUGCAGCGAAGUAGAGCUGUCCUACUUAAAAAAUAAGCAGGGCGGAACGGGCCGGGAGAAAAUCUACACCAUAGACUCUGACCGGGAGCUGAGUCUGCACUCAGAGCCACAACAUUACAGGGAAGGCAGAGGCCUAACAACUGACGAUUUGGAUUUCGGCGAAAUUUAUUCAGACCACAACGACAAUUACAGGAAAUGUGACCAGCCCAUCAUCCAUCUCAACAGCAGCCCCCUCCAUCAAGGCGACUCGGACCUUCUGCCGGACAAUGUCUACAACAAACACUACAACAUGAAAGAGAAGAACCUCAGUUCUCACGAAAGCAACGACCGGUUCAAACAGACUCAUUGCCGGAGCUGUCUUUCGAAGGUGACCAACUACGGUACGGGGCCGUACGCCGGCCUACGCUCGCCGUAUAACCGGUGUGAGGCAUGCCUCCACAUGGGCAACCUGUAUGACAUCAGUGAAGACCAGAUGCUGCAGGAGGCCAUGAUCAGCCCUAGCAUGCACCACGAUGACAUGUUUAGCCACUACUGGCCUCAGACGGAUGGGCCACAUGUGCAGAGGAGGAACAGACUGAGGCUUAGCCGUCAGCACUCCUUUGACAAUAUCAUGCUUGAGAAGCCCAAAGAAAUUGACCCGAACCGGCCGGCACGGAGCGUCAGCCUAAAAGAGAAGGACCGCUUCCUGGAGGACAGCCCUUAUGCAAACAUGUUUAACAUUAAGGCUGACAAACUAUUUGGCAGCAGGUCCAUGCUCUUUAACCGAAACCUGGAGGAAAGCAAGCGUAGUAAGUCACUUUACCCCGAUCACCCCUCGGACAACCCCUUCAUGCAAUCUGUACGGGAUGACACUCGCUUGGUCCACGGCCGGAGCUCCUCUGACAUUUACAAACAGUUGGCUCCCAUCAAAGCUAGGAAUGAGAACAAUCUGAGGUCAUCCGAGAAGUCCACCACUUCAUACUGUUCCAGGGAUGGUCGAAUACCCAAUGACAUGUACAUUUCAGAGCAUGUAAUGCCUUAUGUAGCCAACAAAACUAGUGCAUACUCAGCUCCCCGGGUUCUCAAUUCUUCGCAGUUUAGCAAUAGACGAGUGUAUAAGAAAAUUCCUAGUCUCGAGUCAGAUGUUUAAUGCUUUUUUUUGUAGUUGAACUAUUUACUCACUUAGAAUGCCACAGUCACCUACAUCUAAAAAGUAACCGAGAUAUCGCUCCUCUUAUACGAGAGCUUUCUAGAGGUUUUCAGCAUUUUAAGAUGACUUCUGGGCAGGAAUCUGCAGAAAGACAGUUAGUCAAGUGUAAGCUAAUAAAAUGUGAUCUGGCAUGGAAGUUGUUCAUUAUCCCCAACACUUGGCCUAGCGCUAGUGUGUACUCGAAACGUUAAGUGCUAGGACAGAUGUGCGGCUUAAAGUCUGACUUGAAGCAGAUCCUAUGGUGGGGUUUCAAGUAUUUGGCCCCACAUUGCAUGUGACAAGCGCGUAUAUGUAUCUGAUGGACUGUGGCUGGAAUAGUUCCUGAUCUUAAGGCAAGCAAGGAUAUAUCAUCCAUGGCACUCAGCGAUUACAUUUUUGCAUUUAUUACUAUAGACUUGGGAUUUUUGGCAUUCUAAUCCCUAUUUAGAAUUUAGACUCUUCUCUAUCUUAUUUGGUAGCACAAUAAUCAUUAGUUAACCACCCACCUCUGCUUUAUAAACAGAACUUCUAUUUUACUGUCAGGAAUAGAUUUCUUUUGCAUGUGUGUUUCUUUUAUGGUCUUAUUUCAGUUGAAGAUAUACUUCCAUUAAUGUGAUUUCUUUCAACAGCUGAGGUGGUCAUCUGUGCAAUGAAAACUUGACCUGUAGGUUGUUUGACUGGGAAUAUUGUAUUGAUCCUCCAUUUCCAGAUUGUGGGGAAGUUUUUGCGAUGGAAGUUUGUCUCACAUUUAUUUUGUUCGAUACUUCCAUCCUGUCACUGUACACUGUGAAACCGAAUCAUCAUCCCUCGAAGACUGUUGUUUACUGUAGUUUAGCGGAGCCUCCCUUUGCUGUUGCGAUCCACUCAGUAAGUGUAACGAUGACCGCGUGUGAAGCUUGAAGUCUGAGCUAGAGCAUUGGUUUCCUGUCGCAGUCCGUAACACGAUCAACACGCUAUUUGCAUUGAGGACUACCAUGCAAGACCUUUUGUUCUGCAGACCUAUUACUAAACUUUAUACUGUACAGACACACUCAAUGAACUCCAUGCAAUGUGAAUCAGAACACAUAGCCAAAUCAUGUAUUAGAUCAAAUACCUCAGGAUGGUUCUGUAUCAUUUUGUGUAAUAUUUUCUGUACACCACAUUAAGGCACAUUCACAUUGUAUUUGGGCAUGUUUUCCUCCACUCCGCUAUGUUCGUCUGAGGACUUCCAUUGCAGGUGUAUUUAGAGAGAGGAUCUUUCAGCCAUCUUUGAAAUGAGCUUUAUGUUUACGACUCCAACAUUUGUUGGAAAAAAGGAUGCAGUGUCGAUAUGAACGUGUUGUACGACUGCUCUAGCAUCUUCCCCUCUCAUAUUAGACUUGGUUUCUUUCAACUUCCCCAAUAAUGUGACAUAAUUCACCAUACACUUAUCUUGAAUAUGUCAUCACUGUCAUAAUUAUGAACAUAUUCAUCAUAUGAAGUGCUGCUUUAAGAAGCUAAUGUGCGUAUGCACAUGUAAAAUAUCAAGGUCUUGUAAUCAUAUAUGCCAUACAUAGUUUUUACACUUUACAACUUGUUUUUCAGUUAUUUUUUCACCCUUGUAAUAACCCCAGUCUUUAAGAAAAAUGUAUUUUGAUUACAUGAACAUGAAUUAUAAUAAUGGCAUGCAACUCAAUUGUAACUUUUUCUAUGUUUUUGUUAUGGUGUUAUGAUCACAAAUUAUUUGUAACAGGGUGCAAAUAUAUAUAUAUAUAUAUAUAUAUAUAUAUA